AUGGCCGCACCCACUCGUCCUGCUCCCUCCCCGGCCGCUCUCCUUAUAUACCCAGCCACUUUGCUAUUAGGCUCAUUAUUCUCCGUGAUCUCGCCAGUAGCUCGUGCUGCCAGAGAGUCUUCCUCACACCUGCCGCAGUCGUCUGCUCCCCUCGCACCUUCACUCGCCGCCGACCUUCACCUCUCCGAGAACCCGGUCAAUUACUUUGCUCGAAAGAAUAAUAUUUUCAAUCUCUACUUUGUGAAGAUUGGAUGGCUGUGGACCACAGCUGCCUUUGUCUCGAUACUUCUCUUCCAGCCCGCGUACCUUGCCUCAUCUUCUCUCUCCCAGUCCCAACAACAGACCCGUGUGCGACGUACUCUUCAAGCCCUCCUCCGCUAUGCGAUCGCUACGACGAUAUGGUACUUGAUGACGCAGUGGUUCUUUGGUCCCGCGAUAAUCGAUCGGAGCUUUGUCGUUACGGGCGGCAAGUGUGAAGAGGCGAUUGGCCGGGCACGAAAGAUGGACUUGAGUGGAAGUCCCUCGGCCCAGGUCGAGACCCUUUUCUCUGCGGCAGCCUGUAAAGCCGCGGGCGGGGCCUGGAGAGGCGGUCACGACAUCAGUGGUCAUGUUUUCAUGCUGGUGCUGGCAACGGCACUCCUGGCCCACGAGGUGGUCGGUGCUGGGGCAUUCUCCGCGUUUUCAACAUCGACUCGGGCCGAUGGGGAAAGUGCACGUGAACGCAAGGCGAGUGACCCAGUCGUCUCCGGGAGUGGUGAUCAAGAUGUCGACUCUGGUUUUGCGAGGAAAUGGUCUCUACGCUUAGUGUGGGGUGUUGUUGGGCUAGGCUGGUGGAUGCUUUUCAUGACUGCCAUUUGGUUCCACACGUGGCUAGAAAAGGUUAGUUGA